AAAUCAAUUAAAAGCCACCUAAUUUCGUCUCUUGUUCAGCAUCCACUGCCCCUUCUGGAUUCCUCAAUAUGUCUCCUUGCUUAUCUCACCACUCCGUAGCUCUCGUCACAGCUUCCUCAGCUGGACUUGGAGCGGCAACGGCUAAAGCUCUGGCAUCCAGUGGCGUCCGUGUUGUCGUCAACUAUUUCUCCAGUCCAGAAAGGGCAGACAGUCUUGUCAAAGAGUUAGAGCAACUCGACUCCAAGAAGUCUACGGAAGAGAAAGCCCAACUCCCACGUUUCAUUACCAUCAAAGCGGAUGUCUCUCAAAAAUCAGAGCUCAUCCGACUAGUUGAUGAGAGCGUUGCUGCCAUGGGACGACUUGACCUCGUCGUCUCGAAUCAUGGCUGGACGAGGAUAAGAAACUUCUCUAAUUUGGACGAGAAUGUUGACGAGAGCGAUUGGGAUCGAUGUUUCAAUAUGAAUGUCAAAAGUCAUCUGUUCCUGUUUCAUGCAGCGAGGAAGCACUUGGAGAAGUCGGGUGGCUCUUUUAUUACAGUUGCGUCUUUGGCCGGCGUCAAACCGAGCGGAAGUUCCGUGGCGUACUCUGUGACAAAAGCUGCGCAAAUCCACCUCGUCAAAUCACUCGCUCUGAUCUCUGGCCCGAUUCGUGUCAAUUCCGUGUCACCGGGAGUUCUCAUGACUGAUUGGGGCAAGCAGUUCCCGCAAUCAAAAAUCGACAGUGUGACAGCAAGGAGCCCCUUGAAAAGGAUUGCUACUGUUGAGGAUGUGGCCCAGCAGAUUCUUUGUCUUGCCAACAGCUCCUCAACGACUGGGACAAACUCGGUACUUGAUGCAGGUUUGUCAAUAUAAUAUUGCCAUACGGCUAGCUUAUAAACUUUAUUCUUUUGGAGCUUGAAUGAAUGAGAAAAUUUCCUUAUGAAUUUGCUUCGAGAUUAUUCACGAUAGAAGAUGGCAUUCACUCACGCAG